AUGCAGCAUCUACUAUGUCCCGUCCUUCAACGCCCCAAUAUAACGCCCAAUUCGUCUAUGAAUAGUGCUUAUCAUCUUCCUAAUAUUGGUUUCAGUAGCGAGAACGAAACUAUAUCAAACUUCCACUAUCGGAACUAUUCUGAUUUUAAAUUACUUCUUCAAUCCCGCAUCGCUCAUCGCCUUCUCCAUCAUGGUGAAUUACCUAUCAAUGCUCUUUUUACAAAUCCACUUUUUAUUGACAUUCCUUAUCCUUCCUGCGAUGGAUUAUGGCUGGAGUUUGGUGUUUUCCGAGGUGAAAGUAUUUGUAAAUCGGCUAACUGGAAGGCGAAAUAUUGUGGCAAUUCAAGUAACCCAGUGUUUGGAUUCGAUUCAUUUCAGGGUUUACCGGUCGAUUGGCGCCCAAAUUAUCCUCGUGGCCAUUUUUCAUUGAACAGCAGUGCCACAUCUUAUGUUCCACGCAAUGUCCAACUGGUGGCUGGUUGGUUUAUCAACACAUUACCGUCGUUUCUCCAAAAUAUUGAUCAUCAUUAUCGUGAUUGCUCACCACCGAUGACCUAUCUACAUGUUGAUUCAGAUGUGUAUGACAGUGCUCGUGAUAUAUUUUAUCUUCUUGGUAAUCGUCUUGUACCAGGAUCAAUUAUAGUCUUUGAUGAGCUCACCAAUUAUCCUACGUAUGACAAGCAUGAAAUGAAGGUUCUGUUCGAAUACAUGUCAUCGCAUGCAAACUUUCGCCUUCGAGUUAUUGGAGCAGCAACUCCAAUGUAUCUGGAACCGACACAAGAUAUCCAUUAUCAAUCGGUAGCAUUUAUAGUUGUAUGA